GGGAAAUCGUACUCGCGUGACCCUCUUUUGCCGGUCUGUGUAAUCGCGUCGUUUACUUUUACGUGCCGACUUUAAUUAUCGGUCAAUAGGUUAUUUCGGAUGGGUUGUUUAUUGGGUUAUUGUUACGCCCCACCGACGACUACUUUGGAUUUUUUGGUUUAAUUUUUUUAAGGAUUUUUUUUGGUUCAUAAUUGGAUUUUCUUCAGAGACUCGCCUUGGCAAAACGACUUUGAGCCAAAAACUGAACCGAUGCCCGCAACGAGAUGCACAUGGGUGGCGUCCUGGCAACAAGUUGCUGGUUUUUACUGAUUAGCGUCGCGACGCCCACGACGCUGCUCCCUACUUGUCCACUCGAGUGUCUUUGUCUCUCUCAAACCCAGGUUCUGUGUAAUUCUGGUGGUUUAACCGAGGUGCCAUUGAAACUGCUACCGCCGACGGUCGAACAUUUGUCUUUAACCAGAAACAAUUUUCCGACCAUCAAAAGCGACUCUUUUGCAGGACUGCGCCAUUUGAAGAAACUCUCGUUGGACGGCAACAAUAUUUCGCUGAUUAAGCCGUUUGCAUUCCGAGGUCUCCCAAAGCUUCGAGACCUCUCAAUCCAGCACACCCCCCUAGAAACAGUCUCCCCCUUCGCAUUCGCCGGCCUCCAAAACAUCUCCACCAUCUACCUGAGCUACAACAAAAUCAAAAAAGUCGAAAGCUACGCUUUCGCCGGUACAGUAAGUCUAAAACAACUAGUACUCGCCCACAAUCCCAUUUCCAAGCUGGAAACGAACGCCUUCACUGGAAUGACUGAAAUCGACAAAAUAGUACUGCCUUCAGGAAUAAGGACAAUUGAGCCGGAUUGUUUCAACGGGCUAGACUAUUUAGGCCAUCUACAAUUAGCUUUUAUGGAUCUUAGAGGCUUGAAACGAGGCAUUUUCAGAGGCCUGACAAAUGUCAAUUAUUUAUCAAUUCAGGAAAGUGACUUAGGCAAUAUUGAAGGCGAUGCCUUUGAUGAAAUGGCCUUUGUUAAAAGCCUCAAUAUCUUAAACAACAAAAUCGACUCAAUUCAGUGGCUGAAUUUCACCUGGGAACAACACGUGGUUCAUUUGAGGUUCCAAGGCAAUCACAUUUUGGAAAUCCCACGCAGUGAAACUUUGUUAAUCGAAGUUGAAAAGCUGACUGUGAUACAAAACCAUUUUCCAUGUGAUUGUCACAUUCAUUCGCUUUUAGAUGGGCCCUUGGCCAACGGUAGCAUGAUUAAUUUCAUAUCGAAAAACUAUUGUAUUUCGCCUUUGGAGGUCAACGGAAUGCCAAUGAACAAUAUCGAUAUAGAUUCAAUAGGCAGAUGUCAAGAGGAGGUUACUAGAGGGAAUUUGGAAGCUUCAAAAGACACUAAUAACAGCGCUGAAAGACUUACGAGUUUUUGUAGUUAUUUAAAUUUGAUGUUGUACUUUUUAAAGUUGCUGCGGAUUACUUAG